AUGGGCAUAUUGGAAGGUCUGAUGGGGGCUAUGAUGAGGUGCAUGGUGGCUUUGGCUUUGGGGUCAGAAACGGAGGAGCAAACUCGAGUUUUUAGAAGAGGGAGGAGCACUUGGUUACCAUCAAGAGCAGGACUGCCAAGACCCAAAAUCGACUAUUUCCUUCUCCGGAGGUGUGAUAAAGGUCUGUGUACUGACUGUAAGGUAAUUCUGAGUCAGAACCUCAUGACCCAGCAUAGGCUUUCGGUGAUGGACUUAGACAUCGUGCUAAAGAGGAAGAAGAGGGUUAGGUGUGGUCGACCAAAGAUCGGGUGGGGAGCUCUGAUUAAGGACAAGGCUCAGGAGUUGCAAGACAAGUUGUUGGUUGUAGGGGCUUGGAUGAGUAGUGGGGAUGCGAGUAGUAUAUGGUCGAAGAUGGUGGACAACAUUAAGGAGGCUACGAGAGAGGUGUUAGGGGUCUCUAAAGGUUAUAUUGGAGGCCACAAAGGAGACUGGUGGUGGAAUGAGGAGGUCCAAAGGAAAGUAGAAGCCAAGAAAGCAGCAUAUUUGAAGUUAGUAGAGAGCACGGACGAGGGGAAGAAGAGGAACAUAAGAUAA